AUGCGCCACGCAUCCUUGGAUCUAGCGCGUCCGUGUCUCUCCGCCGUUGCACUCCCCGCCUCCCCUUCCUCCCCGUCCUUUCCUCCCUCUCACUCGUCUUCCUUCCCCUCCUCUGUCCCCUUGCAUUCGCUUCCGAAUGCUCUAUCCCCAUUGUUCCGCCAGCGCUUAUCAUCCCCACCGCCAUCCCCGCCCUCUCCGCAGCUCCACCGCGCAUCCGCCCGCUCGUCUCCUCCUCUCCCCACAGCGCUCCCGGCUUCCGCGCAUGCCGCGCCCAACAGCGGAGCGCGGGCUGAAGCGCAGAAGGGAUUGGGGAAGGUCACGGGGAGCGGAAGAGGCGGAUCGGAGCGGAGUUGGGUGCGAGGGAAGGGGUUAGAGGAUGACGGGAGCAGCGGUGCCGACAGUCCGGGCAGGCGCGGGGAAAGCGGCGGAAGUGAUGGGGCGCAUGGGGGAGGAAACCUUGCGCAACGUGGGCGCGCCCAGGCUAACGGCGGGUUUGAUGGCGCGGGUGAUGCUAGCGACGCGGCGGCUAGGCGCGGAAUGGAGGGGAACGGGAGUCUAGCGCGUACCACUGGGUUUCGAGAACGUGCAGAUAGGACAAACGAGGCGAAUGGGGAAACUUUGGGUGCGGGCGGCAGUGGGAGCGCUGUGAGGGCGCGCAAGGAAUGGAAAGCGUACGAGGGGGUUGACAGGUCGCAACUGCGGAAGAGGAGGAAGGGGAAGCAAAUUGCGGAGGAGGCGGAGCGGGGAUGGGGCGUAGGCGAGGAGAGCGUGGAUCGUGUGGUGGAGCGCGUAAUGCGGCUGAAUUUCUGGGAUGACGUGGACGGCGUGCUGAACCGGUGGAGCGGGCGCAAGAACCGGAAGCUGUUCCUGCCGUUGAUUAAAGCCGUGUCGGCGCACGGGGACCUGCGCAUGGCGCUCAAGGUGUUCGGGUGGAUGAAGGCGCAGCGCUGCUACCGCGCGCAGCCGCCCAUCUACUCGCACCUCAUGCACCUCGCCGCGCGCUCGCGCAAGGUCAACCGCGCGCGGGAGCUGUUCCGCGAGAUGCUGGAGUGGCGCUGCAAGCCGGACGUACAUGUGUACAUUGCGCUCAUGUCCGCGCACGCACGCAUGGGCGACUGGCAGGCCGCAGUGCACACCUUCGAUUCCAUGCUGCGAGACAAGGUUCCCCCGAGUCGAGAAGCCUACAACGCGCUGAUGAACGCGUGUGGCAGCACGGGGCAGUGGCAGCAGGCCCUUCUCAUGUUCGACCGCAUGCAGGCGGACGGAGUGGCCCCCGACAUCGUCUCGUACAACACGCUGCUCACCGCGCUCAAGAACGGCCAGCAGUUCCGCCACGCGCUCUCCCUCUUCCUCUUCUCUCGCCUGCUCCUACCUCGUUCCCCCCUUGCUCUUCCCCUCCUCCGCCCCUCACCCUCUCCUCCCUCCAUCUUCCUUCCCAUUCACCCUCCCUUCCAGGUCCCUCCCAGCAGGGAAGCCUACAACGCGUUGAUGAACGCGUGUGGCAGCACGGGGCAGUGGCAGCAGGCCCUUGUCAUGUUCGACCGCAUGCAGGCGGACGGAGUGGCCCCCGACAUCGUCUCGUACAACACGCUGCUCACCGCGCUCAAGAACGGCCAGCAGUUCCGCCACGCACUCUCCCUCUUCUCCCGCCUCCGUGCCGGCAGCUUCCCCGGCGCGCGCCCCGACCAGAUCUCGCACAACAUCGCCCUCUGCUGCCACGCGCGCCUGGGGGAAUUCGACGAGGUGCUGGGGAUGUUUGAGCGGAUGAAGGGCGGGGUGAGGAGCGGUGCAGUGUGGCGGCCGAAUCUGGUGACUUAUAACGUUGUGUUGCAUGCGCUGGCGGCGAGUGGACGGCACAGGGAGGCGCAAGCGCUGUUUGACAGCAUGCUGGCGGAGAGUGGGGGGGAGGGAGGCGGCGCAGGGGGGAAGGCAGGCGCAGGGGGAGGGGGACGCGCAGGGGGAGGGGGAGGGGGAGGACGAGGGGGAGGGGGAGGCGCGGUGACGGGAAUCCAGCCGAACCGAGUGACAUACAACACGCUGCUGGACGCGUACGCAGCAUGGGGCAUGCACAGGGAGGCCCGGGCCGUCUUCGACUCCAUGCGCAAGGCAGGCAUAGAGCCCGACGUGGUCUCGUACUCUUCCCUCAUUAAUGCGUACAGCAAGGCGGGGCGCCCGGAUGAUGGCGCCGCGGUGCUGGCGCUGAUGAGACGCCGGUUCUGCUCGCCCAAUGUGGUGACGUUCAAUGCGCUGAUUGACGCGUUUGGGAGGGUGGGGAGGCUGGAUGAGGCCCUAGCGGUGAAGGCUGAGAUGGAGGCUGCGGGGCUGGGUGUCGCGGGGAGAGUGGGCGGGGGAGUGGGGGCAGGGAACGGGGGUGCAGGAACGGGGAAUGGGGGAGUUGGGGUGGGUGGGGGGGUGAAGGGAGGGGUGAAUGAGGGAGUGAAUGGGGGCGCGGGGAUGGGGGUGAGUGUCGCCCCCACCGCCGUCACCUACUCGGCGCUCAUCGCCGCGUGUGGCCGCGCCAACCGCCCCGAGCAGGCCGCCCUCCUGGCCGCAGAAGCCGAAGCAGCGGGGGUGCAGCUCAACACGACGACGUACAACGCGCUUCUAUGGGUGGCGGCGAGAGCAGGGGAUGGCGUGCAGGUGGCGAGGAUUGCGGAGCGGAUGGUGGCGGCGGGGGUGGAGUGGGACGAGAUCACGUUCAACGUGCUGGUGGACUAUGCGGGGAAGGAGGGACGCGUGGGGGACGCGGAGGGGCUGUUUGAGGAGAUGCAAAGAAGGGGUAUGAGUGCCACGGUGGAGGCUGCUUCGUCUCUCAUGGACGCGUACGCCAAGACGGGCAUGCUAGCAGAGGCGUACGCGCUAUUAGAGCGCAUGGCAGCGCUGGGGUGCCCGCCCAACGUGGUCACCUUCACAUGCCUCAUCGAGACUGCUGGCAGGGCAGGAGCGCCGGACGACGCGGAGGCGAUAUUCGAGCGGAUGAGAGCAGCGGGGGUGACACCAGAUGCAGUGGCGGUGGCGGCGCUGCUGCGUGCACUCAACUUGUGCGAGCGGCACGCUCGGUGCUUGCAGGUUGCUCGCAUGAUCACUGCUGAGGCACAGCGCACGCAGCAGCAGCGGCAGCAGCAGCAGCAGCAGGAGGGGGAGGAGGAGGAGGAGGAGGCGGGGGAAGGAGGAGGGGGAGGGGGAGUGGCACCGUUGGGCAUGGAGGAGUGGAGCGGGUUUAGAGGGGUGGAGGAGUGGGGGGAAGGGGGGCGGGAUGUUGCUAGUCGGGGCAGCAGCGGUGGGGGUGGAGAGGGAAGUAGCGGUGAGAUGAGUAGGAGUGACAGUAGGGUUGAGGCGGAUAGGCUUGAAGUUAGGGCCGCAGGGGAGAUGGAAGAGAGGAAGAGGGGAGAAGUGGCAAGAUGGAGAGAGGAGGGGAGCAGGUUUGAAAGAGACUCGCGUGGUGAUGGGACAGGUGGGGCUACUAGGACAGCUGGGACAGAUGAAACUGCUGGUUAUGAUGUGCUGACCAAGGGAGGAGAAGGAAGAGCAGGGGGAGAAGAAGGAGGAGCAGCGGGAGGAACAGGAGGAGGCAGGGGAGGGGGCGUCGGGGAGGGGGAGACGCGUGUGCGGGUGGUGUCUAUGCGCACGUUGAACCUGGUUAUUGACACUCUGGCCCGAGCUGGCAUGACGGCUGAAGCAAUGCAGGUGAGGGGAGGGAGGGGAGUAAGCGCGAGCAGUGGGCGAGAGAUUUUGGCCUGGGAUGUGCUGCUCGUGCUUGACAUGAUGCCGCUGCCGCUGUCACCGUCGCUGGUGCCGUUCCUGCUUGUGCUGGUGCCGUUCCUGCUUGUGCUGGUGCCGUUCCUGCUUGUGCUGGUGCCGUUCCUGCUUGUGCUGGUGCCGUUCCUGCUUGUGCUGGUGCCGUUCCUGCUUGUGCUGGUGCCGUUCCUGCUUGUGCUGGUGCCGUUCCUGCUUGUGCUGGUGCCGUUCCUGCUUGUGCUGGUGCCGUUCCUGCUUGUGCUGGUGCCGUUCCUGCUUGUGCUGGUGCCGUUCCUGCUUGUGCUGGUGCCGUUCCUGCUUGUGCUGGUGCCGUUCCUGCUUGUGCUGGUGCUGCAGAGCAUCCCCACAUGGGGUCUGCACCCCUCAGCGCAUUCAUACAACCUGGUGCUCAAGCCGCUCUCUGCUGCCUGGAAGGCGGGCACGUGCAUGCAGCUCCUAGACCACAUGCUGGCGUGUGGAGUGCCCCCCAACCUGCUCUCCUUCAACCUCGUGCUUGGCUCCCUGCUCCACCACACCACUCAGUCCCACGUCGCUCUACCCUCGCUCCACCCCUCCUCACCCUCCUCCUCUCCCACCACCCCCCGCAACCCCUCCGCUCCCUCUACUGCCUCUGCUCAAUCCGCCGCCUCCGACCUGCCCGCGCCCUCGCUGCGGGGUGAAUCGGCCGCGUCCCAGAGGCCAUCAACACACCCUUACGCUCUUUCUUUGAGUUCUGAUGUCCGUGAAAGCACCAACAGCACGCCCAGCACGAACAGCACGCGGACUGAAGCUGUUGACUUCCCUCACCCAGUUGAGCCGUCGCUGCAGCAAGCACGGUUGCAGACAGGGGACGGUGGUGAGGAGGGGCGGCUGGGUGGAGGGACGGGUGAGUGGGGGGAGGUUGGGACUGGGGAGGGUGUGCACAGCGAGUGGGAUGAGGAAGGGGGUUCGGAAGGGGAAGAUGUUUGGGAGGAGGAAGAGUGGGAGGAGGAAAAGCAGGAGGAGGAGGUGGAGGAGGUGCAGGAGGAGAAGCGUGCAUCCGGAUGCCAUGACUUACCGCACGCUCCUCGCGCUGCUCUCCCGCUCCGGCCAGCACCACGGGGCCCUGCUGCUGCAGAACCUCCUGCUGCUUCAGCCCCCCGCUUCUUUCUCUCUUCCCCCCCCACCUGUGCCAUCCCCCCCCCAGAGUGCAUCCGGAUGCCAUGA